CGGGCGGUGGGCCGCGCCGGGUGGGCGGGGGCCGCGACAGCCGCAGCCCCGAGCCGAGCCGAGCUGUCCGAGCGGGAGCUGCCCGGCCCGCGCCACCGCUCGUGGCGGGGCGAGGAUGGGCCCGGGGGUAGGCCUCCAGGAUCCAGAGAUUGAGAAGCCAGGAUUCGUAAUGACUACGGAAUAAUUGGUUCAAGGUGUGAAUGCAAAUGACUCCUGGAAAACUAGGCUGAUUUGGGACCAGCUGAAAUGAAUAAGUUCAGAUCUCUGUGGUCUGGAGACAGUUUGGUUUACCCUGGGGGUCCAUAACCGCCUGUGAUUCAGAGCCCUUCCCUGGGGGAGCCACAGGUGACAGGGACUGAAUAAGAGCCACCCUGCUUUAUACAGGAAAGGCAGCGGCAUGGCCAGCGUUCUGUCCCGGCGCCUUGGCAAGAGGUCCCUCCUGGGCGCCCGGGUGUUGGGGCCACCCGGGGCUGCCCCACCCUUGGAGCCUCAGGCAGAGCUGCUUGAGGGGGCGGCUCCCCAGCCCUUCCUUGCCUCUAAGGACACGUCCUGCCAGGAGCAGCCCAAGGAACUCCUCAAGGCUCCAGGCACCACAGGCCUCCAGCAGGUGGCCUUUCAGCCCGGGCAGAAGGUUUGUGUGUGGUACGGGGGUCAAGAGUGUACAGGACUGGUGGAGCGGCAUAGUUGGGCAGAGGAUAAGGUGACUGUCUGGCUGUUGGACCAGAAGUUACAAAUCUGCUGCAAAGCGGAGGAGGUGUGGCUGGCCGAGCUACAGAGCCCCAUCCCCCAGGCGCCACCUCCCGAGCAGGGAACCCAGGCGCCAGCCUACAGGCCUGUCUCCAGGAACAUUGAUGUCCCAAAGAGGUGGAUUCUUAACCACUGCGCCACCAGGGAAGCCCCUGCCAAUGAGAUUCUCGUAUACAGGAUGUGUAAGCAGUUGAGCCCUGCCCCCCGCCCCAUCUGUGUUUGUCUGAAGUCGGAUGCAGUGGAAAUGGACGAGAUGAUGGCAGCCAUGGUGCUGACGUCCCUGUCCUGCAGCCCUGUGGUGCAGAGUCCUCCUGGGGUCGAGACCAACUUCUCUGCUUCCCGCGCGGCCUGUGACCCGUGGAAGGAGAGCGGCGACGUGUCGGACAGCGGCAGCAGCACCACCAGCGGGCACUGGAGCGGGAGCAGCGGCGUCUCCACCCCCUCGCCCCCCCACCCCCAGGCCAGCCCCAAGUAUUUGGGGGACGCCUUUGGCUCUCCCCAGACUGAUAAUGGAUUCGAGACCGACCCGGAUGCUUUCCUGUUGGAUGAACCAGCUCCCCGCAAAAGAAAGAACUCGGUGAAGGUGAUGUACAAGUGCCUGUGGCCCAACUGCGGCAAAGUCCUGCGCUCCAUCGUGGGCAUCAAGCGCCACGUCAAAGCCCUCCACCUGGGGGACAGCGUGGACUCCGGCCAGUUCAAGCGGGAGGAGGAUUUCUACUACACAGAGGUGCAGACGAAGGAGGAAGCUGCUGCCGCUGGCGGCCCCGCCGCCGACCCGGCUCCCAGCCCCAGCCUGACCAGCCCGCCCCUUGCCAUUCUCCCUCCGCCUCCUCCCAAAGCCCAGUCCUCAGGCCCAGAUCACCCUGGCCUGGAGUCCUACCUGCCCUCCGGUGCUCUCAGCAAGUCAGCUCCUGGCUCCUUCUGGCACAUUCAGGCCGACCAUGCAUACCAGGCCCUGCCGUCCUUCCAGAUCCCCGUGUCACCGCACAUCUACACCAGUAUUAGCUGGGCCGCUGCCCCCUCUACAGCCUCCUCCCUCUCUCCGGUCCGGAGCCGGUCGCUCAGCUUCAGCGAGCCCCAGCAGCCUCCACCCGCCAUGAAAUCUCACCUGAUUGUCACUUCUUCACCCCGGGCCCAGAGCAGCACCAGGAAAGCCCGCGGGGAGGCUAAGAAGUGCCGCAAGGUGUACGGCAUCGAGCACCGGGACCAGUGGUGCACAGCCUGCCGCUGGAAGAAGGCCUGCCAGCGCUUCCUGGACUGAACUGUCCCGCAGCCCUGCCCGACGGCCAGAGGACAGAGGCAGCCGCGUCCUAAGCCCUCAGCAGGGACCUAAAAGCUAAAGCGUGGACAUUGGGAGUUUGGGCUCUAUUGGCUAAGGUUUAAUACUUAAAACGUUUUUCCCUCCCUCGCGGGAACGUUUUAUUCAAAAAAAACAAAAAAAACAAAAAAAAAAACCCACAAAAAUAUUUUUUUCCCCUCUAAAAUAGAAGAGAGCCAAAACUGACCAAGGGUAUUCUGCAGCGAACCAGAGACCAAAGAACUGAUUCCGCUCCCCUCCCCCCAGCCCGCCUCCCUAGGGGAUUAGUUUGUACGUAUGGAAAGAAGGAACAGCUCAUUCUGUUUCCUGCUGAGGUGGUGAAUUCUCUGCUUUCUCCACUCUUCCAGAAGGGACGGUGAGCAAGAUGGAUUUACUUUUCUUUAAAAAAAAAAAAAAAAAAAGGAAGAAAGAAAGAAAUUUCUGGCUGAUGACUCAGAGAGCAGGACCUGCCGAGGCUGGGGUGGGAGAGUGGGGGGAAUCUGGGGGCUUUGUAAGGUGCAGCCGGCCCUCUUCUCCGCCCGAACCUGGGAGAAGGGAGACCUCGUCCUCACCAGUCAGCUUCCGUGGAAGUCGAAGGAAAACCAUUUUCCUGGUGACGACUGUUUGAAUCUGGCCUCCCUGACGCUGAGUUGCAGCCCAACAGAUAUUGUAUGGCUUCUUCUCCAAGCCCAGACUCCUCGUAGGUUUGUAAAGACUGUCCCCAAAUAACUGAGCCAAAAGGCUCAAACGAAUUCACGUUGUGCGGUGUGGCAGUUCAACACUACCUUGAUCACUCUUUCCUCUUUCCUUGAGGAGAGACCAGAGGGUAUAGUAUUUGUGAGAGUUGUCCCCUGUUCCCCGAGUGAAUCAACUCCCCCCAGCUCUGGAAGACACCCCGGAAACACUUUGUUUUCUGUUACGGUGUAUUCAGAAGCCUCUUUCUGAGUAAAGAUUCCUUUUGUUUGGCUGAGAGACCCUGCCCUGAGGUAGGUUCCUCUUUGUCUCUGGUUUCACCAGGGAUUUUCCCAUGUCCCUCCAAGGCCGCAGGGCUGGGCUGGCGGAGAGAACAGACUGAAAGGUAGGUGGCAGCUUCCCCCAUUGUGAGAGGGUGUUGAGUGGUCCCCAAAGGGUCCACUGGCUCGCCUGCCCCUUUGGGGACCAUCUGGUCUCCUUCCUGAGGUGACAAGUAGGACCGGACUCUUCAGUCAGCGCAGGAGACUUCUGGUUGGUCCAGUCAGUGUGAUGGGGAGGGGCACUUGGAUACAGUGUCACCUUCCCAGAUACCUGCUGAGCGCCGUUUCUGCCUGCCGGCAGGACGCAGGAAGUUAGGAUCCUGAGGAGGUCACGUGAGGGGCACCAGGGUUGAUUUAGCAGCUGCUGGCGCUUCUGGAGACCUCAGGAACGGAGGGGAGCCCGGAUUGCGAUGCUUGGGAGGUAAAUAAGCCAAGCUCUUCUUGUUGAGGGAGAAGAGGGGGGUUCCGCGCCGUGCCAGCCAGUGAUGGAUCAAGGCUGGGUGAGCUGGGCUGAGGGGAGGGCGUGUUUUUGUCUGGAAGCCUCACCUUUCUUCUGAGCGGGACUGGUCUGGGGACUCCUCAGGGCCUGCGUCCCAGAUGUCAGGGGCUCAGGGAAUCCCACCAGGCCACCCCUCUGGGGCCUGCACAGCGGCGUCCAGCCCUUGGCUGUGAGCGAGGCUGUCCUCCUGGUCCAGGUGGGAUCAUCUGGCUGCUGAAGCAGGAACCGUGCAGAUGCCUUUCAGUCCGAGACACACCUGCAAACGUGCAGGUUUCCGAGUGUUGCAAACAUGAGAAUAGGGCUGUGAUGUUGUGAAGGGUGAUAGUGACCUGGGUUUGGUGACAGAAGGGAAAGACACUCUUAUGCAUGAGUGUUUUUGGUGGUGAUGGGGUAUAUUUUUAUCAUUUAGUCAAAAAAAGAAAAAUGUUAUGUGGAAUUCUGUCCCUUGGUAAAGCUUGAAACCAGGCCAGCAAGAGGUGCCCUGGGUUCUUCCUGCUGCCCCUUCAAGCUCCCUGAUUAAAAGCUAAUGCAGGGUGUUGCUGUGCUGACGCCUCACUUCCCACCCGUGUAUCUGCAGGUCCUCCCCGAGGGGGGAAGGGGCUUCUGAGAUGGGCGUGGGGGGAGGCUCAGCCCAGCAGCCUCUUCCCUUCCCUUCUUAAUCAGAGCUCUUGCUGGGUCUCGCCUUUAGAAAAGCUGUUUUAAUUUCCCCCUCAGUUUGGACCGUGUAGAUAUAACUGGAUAUAAAGAUUUUGUCUAAGUAAGGCAGGCUUCUUAUGUCACUGGUGCACAGGGCAGAAAAGGAAGAGAGAAGAAAUUGAUGCAACAAUUUAAAAACUGAGGUCUUUUUUUCUAUAAUGUUCUGGUGCGGCUUUCCCCGUCAGCAUUCGCUCCUGCCUCCUUUCUGGAGGCGGUGGCCUCCUCUGGCCGCCCUCCUCCCGCUGCCCCAUCUGUGGCUAUCGUGUUGGUUCUUGACGUGUGGUCUGUCCUGGGGUUGUCCCAUUCGUCUCUUCUCGGGGGUGGGGGUGGGGGUUUGUGAACUGAUCCCGCUAUCACGCCUGUUUUCUUCAUCUCUGUAUCUCUCCCUCCUUCCCGGCCCACCCGGGCGGCAGAAUCUGAUAGGAGGUAAGAGGCCACAGGUGCGCACUGGAAACUAACAGGACGGAUCGGCAAAAGCAGUGUCUUGGGAAACUCUCUAUUCCAGGGACGUUUCCCUUAUUCAGAAUAUUUCUGGAAGUACCUUUGGAGUCUGUGGUGCCUGCUCUGAACAGCCUUAAUGAUACCAAAUCUGCACACGUGCUUGUGCAUUCAGUGCAGAGAGAGACCGGCGAAUAGUAGCUGUGGGCAAAUGAGGUCACAGGUGCAAAGCAUAAGGACCAACGUGCUAGUAAAAUGGCUUGGAUUUAAUGAUCUGACUCCUAAGCCGGCUGUGAAAGCAAUUGUGUAAUUUCAGGAGGCAUUCUGAGCGACGUCCUCAUUGUUGCAGUCGGCCCGCGGCUCGACUUCUUGGAGGACGUAAUGAAUUUGGAUGUGGAAACUCUGAUUUGUUUGAAGAAAUCUGUCCUGUUACUUUCUGGUCCUCCCAGAUUCUGACUUUACCAGGGGCAAAUAAAAAAAAAAAAGGAGAAGAGGGAGACAAAUCCCAUCUGUGAACUUGUCUUAUUGGCGCGUUUUCCCCCAGCUGUCUUCCAAGUAUUAUUUUUACUGUCAAAAAAUUUUUUUAAAAAUGUGAAAUGUAAUGUUUUUACAGCAACAAUAUGAAAUAUAUUUUAUAAGGAAUAAAAUGGUACAUUGUCUGA